AUGUCCCCCAAGAACGACAACACCGAAUCCCCUCAGGAGGAUCUGCCGACUGAUGAAGCCUCCAGAAGACCCAGAUAUGUGCCUUAUCCUCGUAUGGCAGAUCUGUUCUCCAGCGAGAGGGGCCUGUACCACGCCGUGCCUGCUCAGACAACCAGUUUGGAGAGUGCCAAAGUCGACAUCCACACUCUUCCAUUCAGAAGUGCACCCACCAGAGAUGAAAUACCAGUCAUCAUGGAACCACCCGUAAACACCGUGCCAUCAUACACUCGCGAAUGCACUCCAGCCUUCAGCUUUACCUCUCGUGAGACCCUGCCCUCCUUGUCGCCUCGCACUCCUCCCGCUACUGCUCCCUUUGGUAGCCCAGAACCCAGCAGCGGACCGCCUCCGUACUGGCAACAUAUCGGUGAGCCCACCAUGUUUUGCACUCCUAUACGCGAGCUGAGCAGCCGCACCGGAGCGGGCCAUCGUUCCACAGUGCCUCUGCCCUCCGUUCGAGACCUAUUCAGCGCGGGUGCGUCCGAGAACGAGAGGAACGUGCUCCCUCCGAUCUAUAUGAGCCCCAGCGUCUACUGUCAUAUGAGAGAUGCUGACCCUGCGUCUGCCGUGGAAUCCGAAAUAGGCCCCCGCUUUCAGUCUGAGUGUAGGUCUAGGUCUAGGUCUGAGUCCCCGUCCCCUGAGUCUGGCAGAGGUCGUGCUCCGGAGACGAUCCUUUCUGAGUCUGAGCGUGAGAAAACCCCCGAGGAGUUCGCGAUCCCGGCACUUCCAGGUCCAUCGCGUGCUGCUAUCCGCCCGCAGCAGAAGGCCUCAGAGCUGUUGGGGCCGCAGGAGCAGGUUCCUGGUCCGUCGGCUGAGUUGACCGAAUUCGUCGCCGUCGAUGCGCACACAGCGAAAUGCGAUCUCUGCAACAAACGCAAUGUCCAGGGAAUGACUCGGUGCGUCGAAUGUGGAUGGCAGACGUGCAAUGCGUGCACCGUCAAGAACAACAACUUCCGCAGUCACCGUGCCGGCGCUGUGAUCCAUGUCGGUCCGGUCGACAAGAAGAAGUUGCCAACUGCCGCGAGCGUCAAGAAGGGAAAACAAGCGGCGAAAAGAAAGCGAGAGGACCCCGACUACGUGCCGGAAUCGGAAAGAGCAAGCAAGAAGAAGCGCGCGACUAAGUCUCAGGUUCGAAUGACCGGCAGUACCUCCAACCCCUCUUCCUCCACCUCCUCCUCCUUCUCUUCCCCCGACGGAAGUCCUAACACAGCGGCUUUUGCAGGUCUAGGCGAAGAUAAAACCAUCAUAAAUGCAGCGCAGGCUUUAUAUGCGAUGAGCAGGGAGGCUUUUGAGAUGGAGAUAUGGGCUAUGACAAGUAGGUUCCGCAAGCGAUGGCAGUAUCUAUUGUGGGUCGAAGACGAAGACGGCGGGGAUGACGAAACGGAGCCGUUGAGCAUGGAAAAUCUGGACGAUCCAGGACCAAGCAGGCCCCUGGCAAGAUACAAGCCAAGACUGCGUCGUAAAGUUCUUGAGAUGGCGCGGGGUGAGCGCGAAGUUUACCUUCGAAGCCAGAGAAUGGGGCAGGUCAAUGCGGAUGCUCUGGACUUGCACGAGAAAGGCAGGAGUGAAUGUGAAAAGGACCUGGAGAGGUUCAAUACCAGAGCUCAACUUUACGCCCGCAAACAAUCCGGCCGUUGA